UUUUCCUUUUGUCAGUUACCCGAUUGUUGCUGUUAGAAAUUUGCUUUUGCUCUCUUGGCUGAAUGUGCGGUUGAUUAACUUCUUCUCUGCUAGGCUCGAUUGCGGAUCACGGAAUUGCGACCUUGAGCUCAAUUUAGCGAAAUGGAGACUCCUUACCCAGAACCCAUCUCACCCUCAAAAACCCGCGUUGGUUGGAUCGGGAUCGGCGUGAUGGGUGCUGCCAUGGCUUCUCGCCUGCUGUCCGCCGGCUACUCACUCACUGUCUACGCCCGAACUCCGUCAAAGGCCGCGACUUUACUCUCCCUGGGUGCCCGUCUCGCCGAUUCUCCUUUUGCCGUUGCUCAGUCCAGCGACGUGGUGUUUACCAUGGUGGGACACCCAUCAGAUGUUCGAUCAAUUGUCUUGGAGAGCCAGGGCAUUCUUGCCGGCCUAAACCCUGGCGGGGUGGUAGUCGACACUACAAGCAGCCAUCCAGCUUUGGCACGCGAGAUUUUCGAUGCGGCUCGAGGGAAAGGAUGUUGGUCUGUUGAUUCCCCGGUUUCAGGCGGGGACAUUGGCGCCAGGGAUGGGAAGCUGGCUAUUUUCGCUGGAGGAGAUGAUGGGGUCGUCAAGUGGUUAUCACCCUUAUUUGAUGUUUUGGGGAAAGUUACUUAUAUGGGUGGAGCUGGGUGUGGACAAAGCUGCAAAAUUGCGAACCAGAUUGUGGUGGGGGCUAAUUUGUUGGGGCUGAGUGAAGGGCUGGUUUUUGCAGAGAAAGCUGGAUUGGACGUGAACAAGUUUGUGGAUGCGGUGAAGGGAGGUGCUGCUGGGUCGAUGGUGAUGGAUUUGUUUGGGCAGAGAAUGAUUGGGAGGGACUUCAGGCCUGGUGGUUUUGCAGAGUAUAUGGUUAAGGACAUGGGGAUGGGGGUGGAUGUUGUAGAAGAGAGUGACGACGGCAAGGUCCCUGUCUUGCCUGGUGCUGCUCUGGUUAAGCAGCUCUUUAGUGGGAUGGUGGCCAAUGGGAAUGGACAGCUUGGAACUCAAGGGCUUAUCACUGUGAUUGAGAAGCUCAAUGGCAAGUAAGAAAAAACUACGUCCAGAUUCCCUAAACCUCUUCUGCAGUUGAAGCAAGUUGUUGGGAUAGCUUUAAUUUGUGUUGUAUUUUGCACUUUUUGUUGCAAGUAGUUGUUCUCGAUGAACAAAUCGUCUACUUCUGGUGAACAACUUGAUUGUUGGAUGAGAAAGUUAAGAAGUGUUGUAUCCUUAACCUAAUCUAUCUGUGGAUGGACAUCGUUUGUCAUCUCGGCAAAUGGAAAGUUUAGCUCUUUUAGAUGCAAGUAAGGAGAAAACAAACAAAAUACACGGGUGCCA